AGCGAAGAAGAAAUUAAGCGCGGGUUAUUUGCUUAUUUGACUGGCUGUGUUAACUGCUACGAGUUUAACAUCAAUUCAGCUUCAAUACUGGCGAGCUGUUUCUCAUGCCUCGUUUAACAGCCUGGUGAGGAAGACAUGGAGUCUGCGGAGAACCGUUUUGCCCACUUGUUGCAGCCCAUCCGUGAGCUGACCAAAAACUGGGACAUCGAUGUGGCUUCUGAGUUAAACGACUACCUGGAGGAGCUGGAUGAGAUGUGCAUCACAUUUGAUGGAGGGAGGAUCAAGCUGAACUUUAUAGAAGCAGCACUUCUUAUCCAAGGUUCAACAUGCAUCUACAGCAAGAAGGUGGAGCUCUUGCACAGUCUAGUCUACCAAACCCUGGACUACAUCAACGACAGAAACAAGAAGCGUGAUAAACAGGCAGCCUCUCAAGACAAUGAUGAGGAGGGAGCAUCAAGCAGCCAUGAUGCAGAUAAUGGUGCUGUGUUUUUGUGUCAGGACACUGUCUCAGAGAGUUCACAGGAGGCUGAUUCCAGCACGUCGGUGCAUUUGGCGCAUCUCCCUCCUGAGUCUCUCAUUCUUCCUGAGACCCACGAGAAGCAGAAACUGCCCCUCAUCAGCCUGAAAGGCGAGAUACUGGGGAGUCACAAGGACUUCCGGAUCAACACCUUCAUCCCAGGUGCUCAGGAUCUAAUUCUCCUCAUCCUGGGUUCAGCUUGCUCCAACUUACUUGGGAACAGUCAGUGCACUGAUUGCUCCAACUUACUUGGGAACAGUCAGUGCACUGAUUGCUCCAACUUACUUGGGAACAGUCAGUGCACUGAUGCCCCGGCUGGCAUCCCCAUGCCUGAGCAGCAAGAUGCAGUACCUGAAGCUGCAGCGGAUGCUGGAGUUGCUGUGGCCAAUGAUGAUGAGGGGGGAAUUGAUGAGGGAGAGGAAAACUUCCUUCCUAUAGAGGACAACGGUAUGGAGAUGGACCAUGAACCAGAAGAGCAUAUUGAAAGACACCAGGCCCCUAGUGAAGGCAGGAUGCUUCGAGAGAGACGGGACAUCGAGCAUGACAAACAGCGGAGGGAGGAGGAGAAAACACAUGCUGCAAAUGUGUGGAGGUUACAUGAUCCCUAUGCCAUAUUUGGGGAGGACAAGUCACUUAAAACCGGAAAAUGCUACAAGGUUCCUGAGGGCCUGGAUGAUGGAGGAAAGAGGAAACGGAAACGCCCUUCUUCACUUCAAGACUUCAGGAGCUGGUUCACUGGAAUAUUUGAUCCCCCUGAGCACAAGUUAAAAAAUGGGCCCACUUUUACAGACCUGAACUACAUUUAUUUGAGUACAAUGAAAGACAAGUUGAAGAGUCGCAAGAGGAUCUUAAGAAAAGAGGGUGUGGUUAUUUCUGAUGAGGAGCUGCAGAGGACGUUGCUGCAGCCAGAGGAGCAGAGGGAGCAGGAGCUCUGCCACCCAGACCUGCAAGGUCCAGAGGCAGACAACUCAGACAAUGAGCAUGAACCCUUUCCAGACGACAUUCCAGCAGAGUUUGGUGGUGGACAAGACUUUAUAUCGCCAGAAGCCCAGAAAGAUGAACUGAGCUAUGAAGAUCUUGUCAAGAAAAGUGUGGAGCAGUUCCUGGUGAACUCACGGGGUUACGCCCAAGAAACAGCGCUGUCUCGAAGAGUCAAAGACUGGGAGGACAAGAUCCGUCCUGAACUGGCACUGCAGGAGGAGCGCCCGGCUUUUGAUAUCCACGACUAUGGGGACAGGAUCGUCGGGGCUUUGAAUACUGUGGGCAACAGGAGGUCCUUUGCCUCAAUCGUCCACGGCUUGGACAACUUCGAAGCUUGCAAGUACAUGCUGGCAUCACUGCAACUGGCCAAUGACUACACAGUGGAGAUCGACAGUGUUGAAGGGCUGGAGGAGAGCCUUGACACCAUGGGACUGACACUGCUUAGUACACACAGGGCCACGGAGCGCUUCAAAACCCUCAAGGCCUCAGCAUCAUAGGGGUACCAGGACUUGGCUUCCAGAUAACAAUUUAAAAAGUGGAACCUUUGAUUAUUAUAUGUAUAUUUUUUGUGUUGGUAAGGUGGAAAAAAGAAUUAUGUGCAACAUUGCUUUGUCUUUUCAUUUAUACCUCCAGUCUAUUUUGUGUUUAUGUGCUGUAGUUGUAUUGCAGUCCAAUGGGGCAGAGGUAAUAUAACAUUUUGAGUGAUAUUUUACUUAGGUAAAACAUUUUAUUUUUGACAGCUGACCUUCAUGAAUAUUAACCAAGCUGCCCUCAGGGAUUAUCUCUUUACUCCUCUUUCUCUAGACUUCCUGGCAUUUCUUUAUUUCAGCAUACUGAAUAUUAAUAUUAUGAGGGCUCAUUUUCCUGUAAAUCUGUGAAUUUGUACUUGCUCUUCAAAGUGACACCAAUGUGUGCUAACUGAAAUAUUAUGACCUGUACAAUCUCGCACUAUUAUCAGUUCACUGUACACUGCCAGUGAUUCAGUAACGCUGUUCAUCCAUUCAUUCCUCUUAUGGUUUGUAUUAAUGCUCUCUGAUGAGACAAUUUAGUGGACUUGUCACCCAGAGGUAACUAUACAACCCAACACACCACCAAAGUUUAAUUUUGUUGUAUGUACAUGAAAAUAUCAAGGUGUUUUAUAAAAAAAAAAAAAAAAAAGUAAAAAUUGGCUAUUUGCAGUCAUUUUUGCAGUAUCAACAUGGCUCUAAUAUUCAAAUUCAGUUUUAAAU